AUGUCGCAUGCAGAAUUAAUGAGAAUUCUUAAAAUGCUUAUUUUGCUUAUUUCUAUUAUGCAAAAUUGAAAUUAACUCUGGCGAAAGCAUUACUAUUAUCAUAACAUGAAUAAUUUCAAUUUGGUAACAAAUAUCGCGGAGUAAAUCAAUAUCUACGCGUAUUAUUAAGCACGUAAUGUGUGCUCCGAUGGUUUAAAAAGCAAUCAAACGUGUUAUUUAAUAAUGUAAGACGCAACACAACAAGUGAGUGCGGGUAUUACAAGCAACUGUAAAAUAAAAACUAUAAACCAGGAAAAACUAAUGCUGGCCUAAUAAAAGGAAAAUUGCGACUUAAACAUAAUCAACGGCAAUAUAAACCAUUCUCUGGAGUUUCUCCUAUUGUAGUACUUGUAUUGGCUUACGCUCUUACGUUUAAUAAUGGAUUUGCCUUAAAGUGGAUCUGACGUUUCCGUUUUCACAUAUGCAACGAUGUAAAUAAUAUAAGCAAAAAGUGAAAAUUACAAACCAACAGACCGACCGCAUUGGUGCACACAUAUGUACAAUAUUGUACAUACAUUUAUUAUAACUCCGCAAGGCAAAGAUCACGUAGAGUGUCAAAUCAAAUGUCAGCUGCUACAUCGGUUGUGUUUGUGAGUUUUGCUGUAAAUCUCUGCACAAAGUGCUCAAAACCGCGAAGGACGGAGCACAACAUAAACGAAUUAAUCGUUGAAUAAACAGGAAAUUUGACUGGGACCGGGAAUUUGACUACUGCGAGAGUUGAGUACAGAUCGGCUUAUAUAUAAGCUAGUGCGAAAAGAUGCAUUCCUCAUCGGCGGCGUCAAGCGCACUUGUGGAAUACUCCGACGUAAGUUCGGAGGAUUUCUCGGAUCCCGAAGCAGGAGAAAUUGAUUCGGAUGUGGCGUUAACUGGCAGAGCUCCAAUAUUAACAGCUCCAAUUAGAAAACCAGAAAGUCAAGGAAGAAUGCAAAAUUCGGAUGGGGUUUUGCGCGUUACAAAGAGCAAUGACUACAGGAAAAGACACACUGAAGAGGACGACAUGACGUCGAUUCUUGCAGUUGGAUCGAGAUCAAGGCAAGUUUCAGUUGUUGCCAGCAGCGGCAGUAGGCUUAGCAUAGCCUCUGUCAAUGAGAAACUAAAUCAUCAUCGUGCCGAAGUCACACUGACGCCAGUCAAGAGUUCAAAGGAGGAGCACCUGCAGUGGGACCGUGAGUUGUACAUGUCUAGCGAUACCAUCGAUACCGAUGAGCUGGAAGCGGAAAUGAAACGGCAGAAACGCAAAAAGCUGAAGAAGGAUAAGCACAAGCAUAAGUCAAAAAAGAAAUCCAAGAAGCGCAAGAAGAAGCGAGCGAAGUCAUACUCUAGCAUUGACUCCUUAUCGGACAGCAACCUCAAUAAUUUGCUGGACAGGCACAGUCGGUAUACGCCGCCAACGGCACCAAACCGAGCCAAGAGCGCCGAGCGCACAGUCAGCGCUGCGCUGCCUUCAUACACGCCUCACAAAGACAGUCAAAGCAGUCCCAUAUCAGUGGGCACUCCGCCCGCCCGACGUCCCAAUAGCAACAACACCUAUUACGGCGAAGCAGCUGUUGCUACACCAGGCACUCCCCUAGGCAGCAGCCUACAGGUAACAGUAACGAACAAAACGACUUCAAACAGUCGACAUCGUUCGCCACCGGCACGCGUCGGCGUUGGUGGCAGCAGCCAGCGAUAUGCCACCUCUCCACGCACUCCUCCACAGUCGCUUAAUCACUCACACGCAGUCACUGGUGGCGCUGGUGUUGGUGCUCGAGACUCUCGUAGCUCUCGGUAUGUGCAGAGCCCCCUGAAGGAUGAUUUGAAUGCUCACCACCGCUCUGGAAAUACGUAUGCAGGGCGCUAUUCAGGGGGUGGAUCCAUAGGUGGGCAGGGCAGUAGUCUCGAUGCGCGAAAACUAAAGCGCAUGUCACCAGAGUUGGACCGCUAUCAUCACCAACCAAGCACACCGCCGCAUAAGCGACGAAAGUAUAGCGAUGGACGAGAUGCAUCCUUGUCAUCGUCAGUGGGUCCAUAUGAGCACGGCAGGCACCAUGCUGUUAAAUAUGAACGCUACAGCAGAGAUCGCUAUUCAAGGCGGGUGUCCCGGAGUCCUAGCGUGCACCGCCUAUCGCGCAGUCGCCUGUCUCCGGGCGGAGGAGGGACCACUUCAGGCAACAGUAAUAUGUACCGACAAAGAAGCAACAGUAGACAUAAACACAACAAAUAUAGCGCACCCCAUUCGCCUUCCCCACCGCUGCCAACGAGGUCGUCUUCCAAGCGAGGUUCUGGCAGUGGCAUGGGCAUCGCCGUUGACCGCUACUCAUCGCGUUCACCACGGCCAAGUUCACGCUACUAUGAGGCAUCGCCGCCAUCACCGACGGCCGCUUCAGCGUCGACCUCGCAUCAUCAUCGCCGAUCGCCAAGGUCCCAUCAGCAUCAUCGCAACAGCAGCCGAAAACGCUCCCCCAGCUCAGGCAGCAGUCGUAGCUCCCGGUCGCCAACGUCGCGUGAUCUAAAGCAUAAGCGCGAUGAAUAUAUCAAGAAGAUAAGCGAGACUAGCUUAUUUGCCGAGUUGGUAAAGGAUCGCCAUAAACGGCAAAAGGCGUUGAAGGAGAUAAUCGAGCGACAGGAGGAGAACAGCAACAGCAACGGCGCCUUGACUGUCAACGAAAACAGUUCCUCGGUGGAUGGAAAUACGCCCAACGUUGCCGACAAUCGACCAGCAUCGUAUAUGGCAUCACAAUCGUCCGCUGGUGAAACGCCAAACGGAAUUGUUAGCGGCGGUAAGCCAGAUUUGGACGUCAACAACAUUCCCAUGCCAAACAGAGAAAAUGAUGCACUACAGCUAAAUCCGACUGCUGUUGUUAGUGCAGAUGUUACUGAUGCCUCUCCAAAGGCAGUGGCCAUGCCCAUUAAAAUGAACGCCAAUCAAAAACCGAAGAGUCUUACGGCCCUGCCGAUGCCACCGGGCAUGAGUGCAGCCGAUUUAGAAAAUGCACCUACGCCAUCGCCUCCAGAUUUAAGCAAGCAAACAACACCGAAAUCAAUUAAGAAACUGUCGCCCGAUGAUAGAAAUCUGAAUGCCAAUGUCAAUAAGAGCCUUUUGAAUCUGCCAAUGCCGCCCGUUAUACCGGGCAGUGAGGAGUUGAGCGGUGACGAUGAUGUCAUCGACAGUCCCGAGGACUUUGAUACGCCCAGUGGCAACAGCAACAGCAUGAAUACGAGUUCUAAUUCAAAUGCAACACAAGCUGCAACGCGUCGACGUCCAGUGAUACUCAAUCGACGCGACUCACGGAACAAUGUGCGGGAUUGGGGCGAACGAUGUGUGGAUGUAUUCGAGGUGAUUGCACAGAUUGGCGAGGGUACAUAUGGACAGGUGUAUAAAGCGCGAGAUCAUCAUACCAACGAUAUGGUAGCAUUAAAGAAGGUGCGUUUGGAGCACGAAAAGGAAGGUUUUCCCAUUACGGCUGUGCGCGAAAUCAAAAUAUUAAGACAACUCAAUCAUCGCAAUAUUGUGAACCUACAUGAAAUAGUGACGGAUAAGCAGGAUGCAGUUGAGUUUCGCAAGGACAAGGGAUCCUUCUAUCUGGUGUUUGAGUACAUGGAUCACGAUCUCAUGGGUCUUCUAGAGUCUAACAUGGUUGACUUUAACGAGGAAAACAAUGCGUGCAUUAUGAAACAGCUAUUGGAUGGCCUCAAUUACUGUCACAAAAAGAAUUUUCUUCAUCGGGAUAUAAAAUGUUCCAACAUUUUGAUGAAUAACAAGGGAAAAGUUAAAUUGGCAGACUUUGGCUUGGCCCGAUUGUACAACGCCGAGGACCGUGAGCGUCCUUAUACGAACAAAGUCAUAACGCUUUGGUAUCGCCCGCCGGAACUGCUGCUUGGCGAGGAGCGUUACGGGCCGUCCAUAGACGUGUGGUCUUGUGGCUGCAUCUUGGGCGAAUUGUUCCUGAAGCGCCCGCUAUUUCAGGCAAAUGCAGAGAUGGCGCAACUGGAAACUAUAUCCAAAAUAUGUGGUUCCCCGAUUCCCGCCGUUUGGCCCAACGUAAUUAAGUUGCCGCUUUUUCACACGCUUAAGCAGAAGAAAACGCAUCGUCGACGUUUGCGUGAAGAUUUUGAAUUUAUGCCAACAUCAGCACUUGAUCUGCUCGAUAAAAUGCUUGACCUAGAUCCAGACAAACGCAUUACGGCAGAAGAUGCCCUCAGAUCGCCUUGGCUAAAGAACAUCAAUCCAGAUGAAAUGCCAAUACCACAAUUGCCUACAUGGCAGGAUUGUCAUGAGCUUUGGAGCAAGAAACGGCGUCGCCAGCUGCGCGAACAACAAGAAUCGCUGCCACCAGGUGUAAUUUGCUCAGCUAAGUAUCAACAACACGGAGCCACGAUGGUGGGGGAUGCCUAGCAUUUACUCUAUGCUUCAUAUUUUAAUGAAGAGGAAGACUAUAAACAGCGAGAAGUGGAGUGUGCCUGGUGGCAAAGUUAAUACCUAAGUUUGUAACUAAUUAUAUAAAUAGUUGGCAGGCAGAAUCAGUUCGGGUUGACAUGCUGCUCUACCAAAGCACUCUAUUCUUUAAGUCAUCUCUUAAACAAAGUAACUAAACUAAGAUAACAUUUAAAUAGUGAUGAAUUGCUACAAAAUGAGCAUUUCGAAUUGACCGGUGUAUAAUAUUGUAAUAUGUAUAUACUAAUUACUGCUAUAUAUUCAAACAAAUAACCUAUUGGAACGUCAUUUGUUUAUAAUUUUUUUUAUUCUCUAGACUAAUAACUUACAUACAUAUUGGCAAUAAAAAAAGAGCACGAGAAAUAAUAUAAUUAAUCAAUUCGUAUCGAGUUUUGUUCACAUCAACUUUUAUUCUGUUACAAAAUUUGACUAUUUAAUGCUUUUAGCUAUGACGUUAGAUUUUACUUUACAACAAAUUGGAAAAGAACGCUAAGAUUCAAAAUAAAAGCGAGGUUUGAAGCAGUUAAAGGUUAGCAUUUUACUAUUAAAUAAAUUGUUAUAUAUAUACUAACACAUAUAUAUAUGCAAAAUGAUAAUAAACAUGCAUA